AUGUGGCUUCUCUCCAGCUUUCGAGCCGGCCUCGCCUGGGCUCUCCUGAGCCUGGUUCUGGGGAUGGAGUUAAGUUUGCAGGAAAGUUUACUGCUGAAAUCUUUGGGUUUGAGCACCAAACCCAACCCAAAAAGCCCCGUUCCUGUGCCAUCUGUGCUCUGGAGGAUCUUCCAGAAGAGAAAGAUGCUGCCUUCUACAGACAAAGAUCUGGUGGAUGCCUGUAGGGUGGAGGAAUUUAACGUCCCUGGGAACAUCAUCCGUGUCUUCACUGACCAAGGCCAUUUCAUUCAUGACGGGCAGCCCCAGAGGUUGCUGUGUCUGCAGAAGCGUCUGUACUUCAACCUCUCGGUGCUGGAGGAGGGCGAGCGCUUGACGAUGGCUCAGCUGGAGAUCAAAUUCAGCCACAACUCCUACCACACCUCCAGCCAGGGACAGGUUUUUGAGCUGAGGCUCUACCAAACCUCCCAGAUGUCUCUACGGGGGAUGCCCUCCCACGAGCAUGGCCGAAAGCUGCUGGUGGAACAGUCCUUUGCCCAGCUGCACAAGUCUCUUCUCUUCAACCUGAGCGGGGUGGCGAAGGACUGGAGAACGUACAGCAGGAACCUGGGCUUGAUCCUGGAGAUCUCGGUGAGCGGCGGUGAUGGUGCGUCAGCCCCGGAGCACGGGGGGCUGCAGAGCCUCUGCACCAGCAUCGACUCCUUCCUGGACACCUCUCUCCUGGUGGUGACCCUCAGCCAGAAGCAGUGCAAAGCUUCCAGGAUGAGGAGAAGUGCUCACUCCACCCCUGUCACUCCGAGCAACCUCUGCAAACCCCGGCGGCUUUAUAUCAGCUUCAGCGACGUUGGUUGGGAGAACUGGAUCAUUGCCCCCCAGGGCUACCUGGCUAAUUACUGCCUGGGCGAGUGUCCCUUUCCCCUGACAGCGGAGCUCAACAGCACCAACCACGCCAUCCUCCAAACCAUGGUGCACUCGCUGGACCCCGAGGGGACCCCCCAGCCCUGCUGCGUCCCCGUCAGGCUGUCCCCCAUCUCCAUCCUCUACUAUGAUAACAAUGACAACGUGGUGCUGAGGCACUACGAGGACAUGGUGGUGGACGAGUGCGGCUGCAGGUAG